CUGUCUCUCUUUCUCUCUCUCUCUCUCUCUCUCUCUCUCUGUCUCCCUCUCUCUCUCUCUCCUGCUUAGAGGACAGAAUUGACGAGUGGUCGACAAGGGAGGACACUUCUUUGAAGAAACAUCUCUGUAGAGAAGAAAAACAGGUGAUGGCCGUGGCUGUCUCCAGGGAUCUGACGGUGCAGGUGCUGGAGGAUGUGAAUGCUGUCAAGCUGACCGACAGACAGCAGGCUCUGCGUGCUGCCAUCCAGAGAGGAGAGCCCAAAUGUCUGGGGGUGAGUCAGGUGAUGCUGGGGCUGAUGGUCAUGUCCUACUCCAUUCCUCUGCACUUCACUGAGCUCACUGAGGUCGUCAGCCUGGGAGUUCCUUGGUGGAGCGGCUUGACGUUCCUCACAGCAGGAGUGGUUGCUAUCAUCUUGGAUAAAAACUGCACCAUGAAGAUGCUGCAUCUGUGUCUGAUGGUGAGCGUGGUGUCCACUGUGCUGUCGGUGGUGGCUGUGAUCAUCUACUCCAUCGACAUGGACAAGAACCCUGAGGUGCCCUGUGUCAAAACGGUCCAAGACAGCUGCAGUGAGAAACACUACGCCAUGAAGCUGAGCAGAGGAAUGAAGUCAUCCCUCCUUCUCUUCACAUUGGCCCAAACAGUCAUCUCUGCCAUCGUGUGCUUCCUCCUCUUCAGACAGAGAAACAGCUUCGGGCAGUACACGUCUCUCACUCACGCUGCUCCAUCCGAAGCUCUCAUACCCCCAAACCUGAGCUGAUCGACCCGACCGCUGGACCAGUAGAGGUGAAGGAUCACGUCCCAUCAGGCCGAUCGAUCAGCUGUCAUCGGGGUGGGCUGUUGAUUGAACAUGUUUCACAAAAGGUGACGGAUCCCCGUUGUUCAGAUUGUUUGUCUACUUGUCUAUCUGUGACUUAUCCACUGUGCUACGUGACAUGUUGAGGAGCUCUGUUCUCAAAUGUCUCUUGUUUGUAUUACCUAUGUCUGUCAGUAACUGAAUAUUAGAUCACUGGUACAACCAAGCUAAAUGAUUCAAAACUCCAAUCAACAGCAGAGCUGCAACAAAAGAAAAGGAGAGAGCAUGAAUAAUAACAAUUGUAAACAUUGGCAUAAAGUUUCAAAUCUGACUCAAGAUGUUCAUUAACAAGAGGAGAUGGAGGAGAAGUCAGAUCAAGAGAUUGUGCUCUCGUGUUGUGAAGCCCUGUUGUCAUGUGAAAUGUGAAAAUGAAUCCUGUGAAUGGUAGUGAACUCUCUGGGUGGUGCAGGAUGCUGAGGUGGCUGCAGGCUCACGGUGCACCUGGGCCACGCAGGGUCGUCGUACAGACACAAAAACAUGAACUAUCAUACGGUCAAUUUAGAGUCUCCACUUAACCUGAGCCCAAUCUGCAUGUCUUUGGACUGUGGGAGGAAGCCAGAGAACCCCGGAGAGAACCCGCGCAUACACGUGGAGAACGUGCAAACUCCACACAGAAAGGCCCUGGUUGCUCCGAACUGGGAUGCAAACACAAACUUCUUGCCGUGAGGCGACGGCGCUAACCACUACACCACCCAGUGCAGCCCUUUUUGACAAUUAUAAUAAAUCAAAAUAGCAGCCGCAUAGUGAAGCCUGGAGGUGGAGGCUCCAUCCAGAUGUGGUGAGCCCAAUAUCAACCCAAAGCUACGUACUGUAAAGAUGAAUGGGUGAAAUAGGAUUUCCACAAGGUACAAACUGAUACAGACGUGUCCUCACAGAGCUCUAUUUUAACAUCUGAGCGUGGUCUGGUGUUUUUAGGACACUUGUUUGAGUUUAACAGCAGGAAAAACGUUCACUGCACCGGAGAAACGGUUCCAAAUCAUUGUAUUUAGCCUCUCUAUUAAUCAUAGGUGCCAUGUCCCGUUCCCUGUAAAAGCCAUGUGAGCUUGCACCUUGCUGGAUCAAUAUUUCAAUGGAGGAUUUUCCAGGUAGUAAGGAGAGAAUGCUUUUACACUUCACACACGAGCAGAUUGUCUUUGUUUGUUACUAUCUUGAUCAGUGGAAUACCGCAGCGCCGACUUCAGGCCAGGUUAAUGUUGGUCAAUUGCUUUCUUCUGCCUCUAGUGACAAGGACCACACCUGAUUCUAACAACACGCUCAUGGGUGCUCAGGUGUAAAUAGGUUCCGCUGACUGUAACUGCCACAAGUAGUGCCUCCACUAAAUACUGACUUGAAUGAGGGGAAGAGAUCACUAAAGACACUGCAGGGCCUCCAGUCACAGAAACACAAAACUAGUCAGGGUAUGUGACUAAGUCUCACUGCACCACUUUGCUCCGUGUGAGAAGAGAGUCGUGUGACCAGCCUCCAGUGUAAAAAUGUUUUUUUUUUACAGUUUUUCUCUCAGUUUUGAAACAGAUGUGAGUAUAACACAAAGUAUACACUAUCGUGUGCACUUUUUUCUAGAUGUCAUUAUCACAGUGUUAUAAAAAAAUAUGUUUGUCCAUUGUCUGCUAAUACUGAUAUGCUUUGUAUUAUUUUAUACAAAAAUAAAAUCAAAUAUACUUAUAUAGAUUAAA